AUGGACAGGCAUAUAUUUAAUAAUCUAGACAAUUCAGAAUAUGCAGUUCUUGCUCCUAAUAAAUGGCAAGAUAACUUCAAUAUGUUUGAAUUGGAAGAAAUUAUGCGCCAAAGGGAGAGCAAAGUGUUUGCUGAAAUAUUAAACAGACUUAGGGAAGGAAAACACACUAAGGAUGAUAUUUUGAAACUAAAAGAAAGAUUAAUAAAAGAAAAUAGCAUCCAAGAUCCCAUGGAUGUGCCUCACUUGUUCAUACAAAAUCAGAAGGUAAAUGAAUUCAAUGAAAGAGUGCAUAAUGCAGCAACUGGUGAAAAGUUUUCAAUCAAAGCAAUAGACAGUGUUAUAGGAGCUAACUCUGCUCAACUUCGAGAUAAAAUUUUGAGUCAAAUACCAAAUGAUCCUAGGACAACUAAGCAAGUUGCUUCAAACCUUCAAUUGUCAGUGAGUGAAAGAACUGAGAUAGCAUUAAAUGUACGUACUGAUGAUGGCAUGACUAAUAGUGCUGGUAAUGUUGUUAAAAAGAUACAAUUGCAUCAAAUAGAUAAACCUCCUGGUAUAAUAUGAGUCCAAUUAAUUUGACCAUUCAGAUGUUGGAGAGAAGACCAGACAUGAAAAUAGACAUCUUUAUGUCCAAGGUAUUGAGUCUACAUGGACUCCAAUAAGGCCAAUCACAACUCAGUUUGCUGUGGGUAGAAACCAAACUGCACAAGUUGUUAGAAAACAGUUUCCAGUUAGACCUGCUGCGGCUAAGACAAUUCACCGUUCACAAGGUGACACUGAACAAAAAAUUGUUGUAAAUCUCAACACUAGAAGAUCAAUACCACAUAUACAUUAUGUUGGUUUGAGCAGGGUAACAGCAAUUGAAGGUUUAUUUAUCACUGGCCUAUGUGAAGAUAAAAUAGCUGUCAAUCCGCAUGUAUCAGCUGAAAUGGAACAUUUGAGAAAUGAACGUGUACUAAAACUUAGUGUCACUCCUAUUUAUAAGACAGACCAAGUCUCAUUCAAACUGUGCUAUCUAAAUGCACGGUCGUUGCAUAAACACAUUGAUGAUAUUCGGCAUGAUUUUAAUUUUGCUAAUACAGACAUCAAUAUUUUUUCUGAAACUCGAU